AAAAAAUAAAAAAAUACGAAAACGAGGCGAAUAAUAUUAAAACGGCCCUACUUCCUUAACUUUUCUCGAUCUUGCUUUUUCUCUUUUCCGUCUCAGCCCUGUGAGUGUUAAUUCACUACUUACACAUAUCCUACCUAGGUAUAAGGAUGUUUUGAGUAGUUGAAGCUCUCUCUAAGUGUUCCCACCUCUUCAUUUUUAGUCACCUCUUCACUUUUUAGGAGGAACUAAUCUUUUAUAGCUUUAUUUACAUUACAUUACAUUACCUUACUCUCUAACCUUACCUAAUAAUAUUUCUUAGUUAUAUCUUAUAAAAUAUUCUUACCUCUUAUUAUACCCUUGUAAUUCGGGAAUCAGAGAUCGUGCUGUGCCGUCUUAUUAGCGACAAUCGCAAAGAUCGACCUCGAAGCAACUCCAAUAGGCAACUUACAAGUUAUAAGUCAGCUGGACUAUAUCGAUAGCGCAAAGACGAACGCGGGGAGGAGAAGAAAAGGUACAAGGGCAGCAACAUAAGAGUCGAGAUUCUCGGGGUGGUAGAUAAUUUAUUCUGCCACCCUUUUCGACAAUGUCCUUCGUAGCGGCUGGUGGCGCAUUUACCAACUACGAUCGUACAGCGCAAAACACCGGAGUUCCACCAAUGUCGGGUCGUCGCGAAGAUAUUGUGGAGGAGAAAGAGUCCGCAGUGGCGGCGCACAAUGAUAUCGAGGAAAAGGGAACUAUGACGGGUUCGAGUAACGGAACACAAGUCGAAGAUGAUUCCGAACUCGAACGCCGCGAAUCCAUAGUACACGAUCUCGCCCGCCGAUAUACCACUCAAUCACAUGCCACUGGGGUUAAUGGACAGAACCCAUACUUAGAUGCGGGGGAGAACUCACCAUUGAACCCUCAUUCUUCCCAUUUUAGUGCACGCGCAUGGGCUAAAGCCAUUGUCAAUUUGGCUGAUCAAGAAGGUCAUGGUUUCCGAACCGCGGGUGUCGCCUUCCAGAAUUUGAAUGUUCACGGUUUUGGUGCCGAGACGGAUUAUCAGAAAGAUGUUGGUAACGUCUGGUUAGAAGGAGUUGGAUUGGCGCGUAAGCUGUUGGGUACGGGUCAGAAGAAAAUUGACAUCUUACGCAACUUCGAUGGUGUCGUUCACAAGGGUGAGAUGUUAGUCGUUCUAGGACCUCCCGGUUCAGGAUGUUCAACAUUCUUGAAGACGAUUUCUGGUGAAACCAAUGGUAUUUACGUGGGGGAGAACUCCUAUUUCAACUACCAAGGCUUAACAGCUAAGGAAAUGCACACUCAACACCGUGGUGAGGCUAUCUACACGGCUGAAGUUGACGUUCACUUCCCCAUGUUAACUGUCGGCGACACUCUGACAUUCGCCGCUCAAGCUCGCGCUCCACGACAUCUUCCCGCUGGUGUCGACAAGAAGACCUACAGCGACCAUCUUAGAGAUGUCACCAUGGCCAUGUUCGGUAUCUCCCACACUGUGAACACGCGUGUUGGUAAUGAAUACGUCCGUGGUGUGUCUGGAGGUGAACGAAAGCGUGUGACCAUCUCUGAAGCCGCAUUGAGUCGUGCUCCUCUGCAAUGCUGGGAUAACAGUACUCGAGGUUUGGACAGUGCCAACGCUGUGGAAUUUUGUAAGACGCUUCGAACCCAAACAGAGCUAUUCGGUACUACCGCCUGCGUUUCCAUCUACCAGGCUCCCCAAACGGCUUAUGACUGCUUUGACAAAGCUCUCGUCUUGUAUGAGGGUCGCCAGAUCUUCUUUGGUCGUGCCGACGCGGCCAGACAAUAUUUCGAGAACCUUGGGUUCGAGUGCCCCGCUCGACAGACCACCCCUGAUUUCUUGACUUCCAUGACAAGCCCGGGUGAACGUGUCGUCAAGCCUGGAUUCGAAGGCCGGGCUCCCCGUACACCUGAUGAAUUCGCAGCAGCAUGGAAGAACAGCGCGGACUACGAAGCCCUCCAAGCCGAGAUCGAGGCAUACAAGUCCGACCACCCUCUUAAUGGACCGGACGCUGAGGCAUUCCGUGCUUCGCGAAGGGCUCAGCAAGCCGUUGGACAACGACCCAAGUCUCCUUACACCUUGUCCUACGGGCAGCAGGUCGGGCUAUGUCUCUGGCGUGGUUGGCAACGACUUACUGGUGACCCUAGUUUGACUGUUGGUGUACUCUUCGGUAACUUCGCUUUGGCUCUUGUCAUCGGUAGUGUAUUUUACAACCUACAACCUAAUACCGCCAGUUUCUUCCAGCGUGGUGCCCUACUCUUCUUCGCCUGUCUCAUGAAUGCCUUUUCUAGUGCUUUGGAAAUUCUCACCCUCUAUGCCCAACGUCCGAUCGUCGAGAAGCACAGCCGAUAUGCGUUAUACCAUCCGUCAGCGGAAGCUAUAGCGUCUAUGCUGUGCGACAUGCCUUACAAGGUCGUCAACUCCAUCAUAUUCAACUUGACAUUGUACUUUAUAACGAACUUACGUCGUGAACCGGGUCCAUUUUUCUUCUUCCUGCUCAUUACGUUCUUUACGACAAUGACUAUGAGUAUGAUCUUCCGUACCAUCGCAUCCGCCUCUCGAACCCUGUCACAGGCUAUGGUACCGGCUGCGCUUCUCAUUCUCGACCUCGUCAUCUUCACUGGUUUCGUUAUCCCCAUCGACUAUAUGCUCAAAUGGUGCCGUUGGUUAAACUACCUGGAUCCUCUUGCGUAUGCAUUCGAAUCUCUCAUGGUAAACGAAUUCCACAACCGUGAUUUCAAAUGCACAAGUUUUGUGCCAGACACGAGAGUUCCGGGGUACACAGACGUUGGUGACAACAACCACGCCUGUGGCACAACUGGUAGCGAACCUGGAAAUCCGUAUGUCAAUGGUGAUAGGUACAUCAAUUCGUCCUUCCAAUACUACAGCUCGCACCGCUGGCGCAACUUCGGUAUUUUGAUCGGAUUCAUGCUUUUCUUCCUGUUCACGUACAUGGUUGCCGCAGAACUCGUAUCCGAGAAGAAGUCCAAGGGUGAAGUCUUACUCUUCCGACGUGGCCACAAACCCGCCCAAUUCAAGGAGAAGAAGGGUGAUGUUGAAGAUGGCGAAGGUCCUCGUGUUGGUCCCAGUGUGACGAAUGCUAGUCGUGCUAGCCGCGCUCGAGCCAACGCCGGUAACGAGAAGGAUGCCGGUGCCCUCAUGGAGCAGUCUAGCGUUUUCCAUUGGAAGGAUGUCUGCUAUGAUAUCAAGAUCAAGGGCGAACCAAGACGCAUUCUAGAUCAUGUCGACGGUUGGGUCAAACCUGGUACUUUGACUGCUUUGAUGGGUGUCUCAGGUGCCGGUAAGACGACUCUUCUUGAUACUUUGGCUGAUCGUAUCACUAUGGGUGUCAUCACUGGAGAAAUGCUCGUCGACGGUCAUCUACGUGACAACUCUUUCCAGAGGAAGACUGGUUAUGUCCAACAACAGGAUCUCCACCUUUCUACCACCACUGUCCGCGAAGCUCUUAACUUCUCUGCUCUCCUCCGUCAACCCGCUGAUGUACCGCGUGCUGAGAAGCUUGCCUAUGUCGAUGAGGUGAUUAAGCUAUUGGAAAUGGAAGAGUACGCUGACGCUGUCGUCGGUGUUCUCGGUGAGGGUCUUAACGUCGAGCAGCGCAAGCGUCUCACUAUCGGUGUCGAACUUGCUGCCAAACCUCCUCUAUUGCUAUUCGUCGAUGAGCCUACUUCCGGUCUUGACUCUCAAACUUCGUGGGCCAUUUUGGAUCUUCUUGAGAAACUUACCAAGAGCGGACAGGCUAUUCUUUGCACCAUUCACCAACCUUCAGCCAUGUUGUUCCAACGCUUUGAUCGCCUGCUUUUCCUAGCCAAGGGUGGACGAACUGUCUACUUCGGUGACAUCGGAGAGAAUUCCAAGACCAUGACCGGCUACUUCGAACGCCAUGGUGCUCCUGCUUGCCCUCCUGAAGCCAACCCUGCCGAAUGGAUGUUGGACGCUAUUGGUGCUGCUCCGGGUAGUUCAACUGAGAUCGACUGGUUUGACACGUGGCGUAACAGCUCUGAGUAUAACGAGGUUCAAGCCGAGCUUCAAAGACUCAAGGAUGAAGCAUCUGAUAUCCCCCCUCCUACUGAGGAUGAGCAGUCCUACCGUGAGCACGCUGCCAGCUUCCCUCUUCAACUAUGGGAGGUUACGCAUCGUGUUUUCCAGCAGUACUGGCGUACACCCUCAUAUAUCUAUUCCAAGGCCGCCCUUUGUAUUCUCGUCGCGCUGUUCAUCGGUUUCGUCUUCUUCAGAGCUCCCAACACCAUCCAGGGCAUGCAGAACCAGAUGUUUGCUAUCUUCAACUUGUUGACUGUCUUCGGCCAGCUUGUACAGCAGACUAUGCCGCAUUUCGUCAUUCAAAGGUCUCUGUAUGAAGUUCGUGAGCGCCCGUCUAAGGUUUAUGGUUGGAAGGUCUUCAUGCUUUCGCAGAUUAUUGUUGAGUUGCCAUGGAACACCCUUAUGGCCGCGUUGAUGUACUUCUGUUGGUAUUACCCGGUUGGCUUACAUAGAAACGCCAUGGAAGCCGGUCAGACCACAGAGCGUGGUGCUCUUAUGUUCCUACUCCUCUGGACUUUCUUGCUAUUCACCUCCACUUUCACUGAUAUGAUCAUCGCUGCUUUCGAAACGGCUGAAGCUGGUGGUAACAUGGCCAAUCUGUUGUUCACUCUUUGCCUGAUCUUCUGUGGUGUCCUCGCUAGUCCCGACACUUUCCCUCACUUCUGGAUCUUCAUGUAUCGCGUCAGUCCGUUCUCGUACUUGGUGUCGGCCAUGUUGUCGGUCGCUGUAGCGAAUACAAAUAUUGAAUGCGCCAAUAACGAAUACGUCCAUUUCGAUCCACCGGCAGGCCAGACCUGCGGCCAGUACCUGGCUAAUUACACAAUGCUUGGUGGUUAUAUCCAAGAGGGUACAGAAAUGCGUACGUCGGACUGCAGCUUUUGUACGGUCCGGGAGACGAACACAUACUUGGCUCAGGCCUACUCAUUUUAUGACGAACGAUGGCGUAACUUCGGUAUUAUGUGGGCCUACAUCGUGUUCAACAUCUUCGCUGCCCUAUUCCUAUACUGGCUCACUCGUGUGCCUAAGGGCAAGAAGAACAAGGUCAAGACGGCGUAAAGUCGCAACAAAAUGAAAAAAAUGAAAAAAGUAAAAUCUCAGAAAACAAGAGAAGGAUGAAGAUCCAUCACAACUCUGCUGCCAUAUUACUAUCAUUUACACUUCAAACACACACUAUUGCACCCUAACAUCUUGACAUUCAUAUAGUCUCAUGUUUAUGUUUAUGCCAUACCAUGAGUUCUAUCUGCAGCGGAUGGAUUUUUCUUAUUUCUCUUAUCAUAAUGUACAUUUGCAUAAUACAGGGCGUACUAGGGAGAGCUGAACUAGAAUACUACACAAAGUAGUUAGUCAGCGUAUUGGUUGGUUGGUUGUGAGGAUAAUAGAUUAUAUAUAGAUCAUCUACCAUGAAUAUAGAGGAAGAAGGGCGGUGCCCCUGAUGAGAUGUCUGUUUAUAUUCUGUGAUUCCCGAGUGCCUUUACAUUGGUUGUUAGUGUUGAAGAAUGGCGCUUCUU